AUGCUACAUGCACCUGGUAUGAAUCCGCUAGUUCGAGAAGACGAUAAUGGAAGAACUUGCCGGAUUAACCUUACCAUACCUGUAUGCAGAGGAUACUGCCCAACUCACGAAUAUGGAACUCAUGAAUUCCCUUAUCGAAGCCAAAAAAGUGAAGUAUGUGUUCCAGAAGGAGGCGUAUUUGAAGUAUUACCAAUGACUGAAUGUGAUAAAGAUGCUAGCCCCGAAAUACGUAAUGUAACAAUUUUACGUGGUGCGAAAUGUGUAUGCAAAACGUAA